UCCGGCAAGACGGGCGCAAAACUGUCGGCGUCAGAGGAACAAGAUGAAUUGCUACGGCUCAAACGGGCCUGCGUCCAGAAGUUUGCGGACUUUGCCUACAAGGCGGAAACGACGUACUGCAAUGCAACGCACGACACGUUCUUGUGCUGGCCGCCGACGCCUGCGGGUGAAAUCGCCUCACAAAACUGCCCACCAGCAAGACUUAGCGACACAUCACGUCUUGCAUUUCGUCGGUGCGGUGAUUCCGGCCUUUGGCUAGGUCGACGGCCGAACGAAAGCAGCGUCAUCGGAUGGACAAACUACACGCCUUGUUUUCCGCCAGAAGUUCAGACGCUCCUAGUUAAAGUUUACGAUGACGAGAAGGAAGCACAGUUAAAAUUCGAGAUUGCUCAGCGGACGAGGUACAUGGAGAUAGUGGGGUUUAGCAUUUCAAUGUUGGCUUUGAUCAUAUCUUUGAUCAUAUUCUCCUACUACAGGUCUUUACGUAACAAUAGAACUAGAAUCCACAAAAGUCUGUUCUGCGCGAUGUUGGUGCAAGUCAUAAUAAGGUUGACGGUGUACAUCGAUCAGGCACUCAUCAGGAGUCGACAGGACCACUUAAUCAACGAGAACUUCACUCUUAAAGGGAUAGAUAAUAUGCCGUAUCUUUGCGAAUCUUCAUACGUGCUAUUGGAAUAUGCUAUAACGGUGAUGUUCAUGUGGAUGUUUAUCGAAGGCCUAUACUUACACAACGUGGUGACAGCGAACGCACUCAGGGAGAAAAUAUCCUACCUUUUGUACUACGCCACGGGAUGGGGGGUGCCUUUUGUGGUCACCGCGAUCUGGGCCACCAUGACCUCUUUGCACUACCAACGGGAGAGAUUUAAGACGUGUUGGUAUGGAUACAAUUUCAGCCCACUCUACUGGAUCGUGCAAGGACCCCGGCUGGCCGUCAUAUUGAUCAACCUAGUGUUUCUUUUGAACAUCAUGCGAGUUCUAAUCAUCAAACUCCGUCAAUCACAGAGUACAGAAAUGGAGAAAGUGAGGAAAGCGGUUCGAGCGGCACUUGUUCUUUUACCACUGCUGGGCAUCACAAACAUCUUGAACAUGAUAGAAACGCCCCCUGACAGCAGCGUUUGGAACUUUGGAUUAUGGAGCUACAGCACUCAUUUCCUCCGAUCAUUCCAAGGCUUCUUUAUCGCACUUAUCUACUGCUUUAUGAAUGGAGAGGUUCGCACGGUGGUGAAGAAACAUUACGAUGAUUAUAUGAGCAUGCGAGGUCCCCGGCCUGCCCGAGUCUCCAGCUCUGUGGAAAGAUCCCGUAAAGAGAGUAAAAUUGAGGGCGAAACUUCAUCGUGGGUACAAAUGAGAAAGUUGAAGUGGAAACGCUCAUCCAAAGAAAACAAAGAGGUGUCAGUUACCGAAAUGGGGCCAGAAAUUAAUCAAGAAAAGGAAAAGAAGAAAAUUGAAGUUAUUCCGGCCUCUCCGGAAAAAUUGGAAACUGACGAAACUGUUGAAAACAAUAUUAUAACAACAAUAGCUGAAAUCAACGCUACUGAAUAAAUUAACAUGUUUCAACUGGCAAGAUGUUACACAUCAUUUUCCAUUAAAUUUAAUCAUAAUUAUAAAAUGUCUAUGCGACUGCUUAAAUUAAUUUGCGUAUAUGUUGUAGACGGAUUAUAAGCCCUUUUAUUAUUUAGUUUAGUCAUGUCAUUUCUAACUUGGGUAGAAUUUCAGCCCCGAGAGUGAUGGCAUAAAUGACCUGACGACAAAUAACAGCCAGGAUCAGGUAUGGAUGUAUGACCACACUGAGAGACACCUUAUCAUUACAUGACCUUGAGUGCGGUAAUAAAAGAACAAGAAUACUCAUCAAGAGACUUUCUGUUGUAACAUUUUCAUUUUACUUUACUUAUUUUAAUUAUAUUAAAUUAAAAUGCCGUUACUAUUUAUUUUACUUAGAUAAAUAAUUUCAUCAUGAUUCUACGCUAUAAGGGAAACGUACGCUUUUGAUGUAUUCAUAUUGAUGUUUUUAAAUUUUAUAUAGGAUAUAAGAUUUUAAAUGUUUACUGUUUACUGAUGUUUAAUAUUUACUAUAUGUCCUAUGGAUAAAAAAUAGUAUAAUACACAAUAGUUCAAAUGGCCCAAAGCCGUCAAAAAUCCCCUACAAAAAUCAAACAGUGGAACUUCACUGUAGUCAAUUGUUCAAUCGAUAUUGAUGUCCCUUUCAUUCUCUUUGAUAAAACAGAGAUAUACUACGAUCAAGAAUUUUCAUAAAUAUCUCCAACACAAUAGUAAUAGCAGAUGCGUUAUGCCUGUUUCACUCGAGAGUAAAACAAUGGGGCAGAAAUUUUUUAACAACCAAGACAGUCAAACAACUAUUCCACCAUUAAACCCUUCUGACGAAAAGAGUUGCAUCUUGUAUGAUGUAACUUUUUUCGUCGUAUGAAUGAACUUGGUUGUACCCAGAUACAUUAUUAAUAUCAGUUUCUACUGUCGAAACACUCGUACAAAAUAAUGGUUGGCAUAAUGUUUUUGCCUGUGCAUUCGGCAGUGGAUAUCCAAACUUCACACAUAUUUUUUAAGGUAAACUGAAAAUUAGAUAGGAAAUACUCAUUAUUUACUAGACAUAAGUAUAGUAUUAUAGUUCAAUAGAGUACAAAGCAUUACCUCAAUUUUUUUUAUUUAUUGGAACUUUUACUGUAACAUCCUUUUCCACUAGCUUGAUAAUUCGCGUACCUGUGACGUAGCUCAGUGAAAAAAAGGUCUAAUUGUGUUUUCUAUCUCUAUUAAAAAAAAUUAAAUUUAUAAAAUUUUUGUCACCUUAUUGAGUUUUGGAAGAUCGAAAUAGUACUUAAGAUUUUUGUGUCAGAGUUAUAUUUCUAGGUAAUACAAUGUCUGUAUAUUUUGAUGAUAAUUAUAUUCAACAGCAUAAUAGGUUUUUGUCUUCUAAAUCUAUUUAUUUAAAUUACUCUUUUUUAACUCAUGUGUGUCUAUUUUUAUCAUGUUUAUUGAAUUAUACCUGCAAUUUAUUUGUA